AUGAAAUCUAGGGAAGCAGAUGACGAUCAGACUCGAAACAAGGUGCAGACAAGAAACCUGCAGACACUUAAAGAUCAGGUAACAACACUGUAUUCGUCGGAUCAAGUGACCGCAAAGUCGCUUCCGAUCACUGUGAUUGAGAUCCACGAACAGAGUCUGGAGAUUUUGCACAAUAUUCUUGAACAAUAUGCGGAAAUGCUUGUGGACGGGUGGACUUCCAUAUUUGACUUAAUCGCUGGGGUAUUUAGGGGUGUUUGCCUGGCAGAUGGAAGCAGUACUCAGCUUACGACACCCACUGAACGCAGGAGAUCUGCUCUUCCAGGUGGCCCACGCCUAGUCCGAGCUGCCUACAAGUCUUUGCACCUUGUUGCAUCUGAUUUCCUCUCUUUGCUUCCGGCACCCUGUCUCUUGGCCUUGGUGAACUCGUUCUCCAGUUUUGCAUCACAAACACAGGACUUCAACAUCUCAUUGUCAACCACUUCUUUCUUCUGGAAUGUGUCUGAUUUCCUACGAGGGCAGAUCGAAGAAUUUGCAGUUGAAAGCCAUGUUGAUACUUCCGUUAGCGAGGAGGAGCUCGGGAAACUCACCUGCGAUCAAGAUCCGUCCGUGUCCAAGAACUCUCUGUGGCUAUUACUGCUUCUUCGCAUUGUUGGAAUUACCACGGACACCAGAUCUGAGAUCCGGAACAGUGCGAUUCACACCCUCCUGAGAAUUUUCGAUGCCUACGGACAGCAGCUUUCCCCGCAGGCGUGGCGACUGUGUUUGAACCGAGUCUUAUUCUCGAUGGUGGAGAAUCUCAGUAGUGCCCUGUAUGAAGCCAAGAAACAGGAAACUGCUAAAGACGAUCUCAAGUCAUGGGUGGAGACGACCGUACUGAUGAUCAAAGGAGUCUUGAACUUGAUCACGAAUUUCUUUGACACUAUCGUGAGCGAUGAGAACUUCGGUCAGUCCUGGACAAGAUUUUUCAAGUACCUUCAGGGAUUGUUGGACAUGCACCUUUUGGAGUUCAGCGAGGCAACCUUCGCCAGCCUUUCUGCCGUUUUGGUUCGAGUACAAUCUUCCGAGGGCCUUAGCAAGGAGGCUCGGGAAUGCGCAUGGAACCUUUGGGCCAACGGUCAUCCUGCAGAUGAUGAAACUGCUAUUGACCUCGAUCGACCCAACCAAGAUGCGGCCCUGGCGUAUAUGCAAAGCUUCCAACAGAUCUACCGCCUAUACAAGGACCACCUGGGCCCGGAAAAUAUCGAGAAGGUGCUACAGCAUCUACGCCUGUUAGUGUGGAAUUCCGUGUCUCCGCCGUACUCUCCAGAUGUCGACCGCCCUUCCGCCCUGCAAGCCUUAGUCAUCGAGUGUAUCAAAACUCUUUGCAUGGAGAAAGAGGAAUCACAGGCUGCGAUCUUGCUGUGUUUGGCUGAUCUGUCCGAUUCGGCUUUAACCAAAUGGCGCCCUGGCAAUGACUCGAGAAAACCAGGCUUUGUUGCCUUUUCGAAGACCACCAUCGAUCUGAUCAGUUGGUACAUCGCCGACUUCGGUAUCAAGCAGGAUAUUCUCACAAAUGAUGCUCUGGCAUCGACCCUUGAACGCUUCGGUGCGCUUAUCCUGCAAAAGUACAUGUGGGAAGGCAAAGACCGCGAGCCAUACAUGUGGCAGCAGGCCUCCACCGCAUCAUUGGAUGUCCUUCAAGUUGCAGUUCCCUACGCCGAAAAGCAAUACGAUACUGCCAGCGAAGCCGAUAUAGCACGCUUCUGGCGCUGCGUGGUUGACAUUACUCACGGCAUUGUGUCCGCUCACGGGUUCCAGACCCAACAGCUAUCUAAUGCUCGCAUCGUCGCCGAUGAGGCUUUCGACAUUGCCUCAUUUACCCGUCUGAAAACCCUCGUUCUCCCCUCCCUCGGCGCCUCUGCCAUCCCGGAUGCUGUCCGUCGAAAUUUCGCCCUGGCACUCUUCCACUCCUCGUUCAUCUACCCACCUCAGCGCUUGGACCUGCCCUCCAACUCGAUCGAGAAAGACCCGUUACAAGACUUCUAUCGCAUACGUCCCGGGCGAACCUUCGACCCACCGCCAACGCUACGCCCGAACAUGGCGUAUACCCUCAUAGACACUCUCUUCGAGCUUGCGGAAAGCCCAGAGUCUGAUGAUUCGAAGCCUUGUCCCCGGACACUCCUGGCUUGCUCAAUUUCUCCGUACCUACUUCUCCGCUGUGCAAUUUCGCUCAAGGGGUAUAUCGCAGAUCAGCCCCUCCGAGGUCUGAUGCCUCAGCCUACGCCUGCAUGUAAAGUGCUGCUCCAUCUUCUCCUGCGUAUGGUGCGACUGCAGAGUGAGCCAUCGGCCAUACCGGAUCCGCCAUCCAUCAAGACAGUCAUGUCCACGGAUGACGCUUCCACUGCGUGUCACCACCGGAAGCAUCUUGAAUGGAUGUACCCGCUCAUUGUCAAAGCGAUUCAGGUUGCGGGUAAAGAACGAGAUGACGGACAGGUUCUGCAGGCGCUCGGCAAGGUGUUACAGGAAAUCGGCCAAUUUGCAUGA